GCGUGGAGGUUGAAGCUGCUGUUGGUCUCUUUGAUGAUGAUGACGAUGAUGAAGAUGAAGACGACCGCAGCUGUUUCUUCAAAGAACUUCUGCUCCAACUCGACGGUGCUGAGGACUCGGACGGCGUGUCACUCGUGCAGCAUCAGCGUGUUGAUGCCGUGUUUGUCUGGAUUCCAGCAGACGCCCAGAUCCACCGCGCAGGACUGCAAGUACUACAUCCGGACGCCCAGUCUGAAUUUGCCCAUCAGCGGCUGCUCCUUCGAGUGCUACAAGGAGGUGGAGGUCUCCGGCUGCUGUCCAGGGUUCUGGGGUCCAGACUGUAUGGAGUGUCCUGACCGGGCCGACCGACCCUGCAGCAACCGGGGGGUCUGUUCUGAGGGAGGGGAACGGGACCUGCAGCUGGUUCUUAAGGUGGGCUUUGCAGGAACCGCCUGUGAGGACUGUGCACCUGGUCGAUAUGGUCCCACCUGCAGCUCAGUGUGUUCAUGUGUCCACGGUCUGUGUGACUCUGGUUUAAAAGGCGAUGGGAGAUGCACCUGUUUCUCCGGAUACAAAGGUCCAAACUGUGAUCGAGAGCUCCCUGAGUGUGUGUCUCUCGGCUGUCAGCAGAACUCUCGUUGUAUGGAAGAAGCUCUAACAGGACAGCUGGUGUGUCAGUGUCGACCUGGUUAUCAAAAAUCAGGAGCUCAGUGUUUAUCCAUAAACCCUUGUCUCCAGCGGGUCUGUCACGCCGAGGCCUCCUGUGUCCAUACGGGUCCAAACCAGCACCUGUGUGCCUGUAAUGAGGGCUACAGCGGGGACGGGCGAGUCUGCAUGGCCAUCGAUCCGUGUCAGACCAAACAGGGAGGCUGCUCCGCCAAGUCGGCACGCUGCGUCUACGACAGACCGGGGAAGUCUCACUGCGAGUGUCUUCCCGGCUUUGAACACCUGCUGAGUGGCGGCUGCAGCCUGAAGGAGUUCUGUAGACCUGGUUCCUGUGACAAGAACGCCAACUGCUCCACCGUUGGACUCGGACAAGUGGAAUGCACCUGUCUCCAGGGUUACCUUGGUAACGGUAAAGUCUGCUAUGGGAACAUCAUGGAGCGUCUGAACGGUCUGAACACGGAGCCUGGAGGACCGUGGAGCGGUCAGCUGGGCAACGCCAUCACUCUGUUAGGUUCUCUUUCGUGGCCCCUGAAGAAUUUGGGUCCUUUCACAGUUUUUGUCCCGAUCAAUAAAGGCUUCAGAGGAAUUUCAAUGAGGUCUCUGACAGCAGACCCCUCUAAAGCUGAAUACCUGUGUAAGCUUCACCUGGUUGCCGGGGUAAUGCCCUUUGACACUCUGAAGGAAACGAGUGUCUUCUUCACUUUGACUGGAAAAUCCGCUGAGACGGAGACAUCGGAGGGGCACCUGAAAGACUUCCGGACUACGAUACGUAUCCAUGGCAGCAGGAAGAAAGGCGUGAUCGUCCAGUCCGACGUGGUGGCGUCCAACGGGAUGAUCCACAUCAUCAGCAAGCUGAUGGACAGCGUUUCUCCCACAGUGGCUAGCGACUCACAGGAGAAUCUGAUGAAGAUCAUUUCUGACUACGGAAAAUUUGACACGUUCAAAUCUUUAUUGGAGAAAGCAGACCUGGUCUCCGUCAUGGACCGUCUUGGUCCCGUCACCGUCUUCGCUCCCAGCGGUUCAGCCUUCGAUGCCAUGACUGAGGGUCACCUGUCCUACCUGAGCAGUGCUGAAGGUCACAACAAACUGGUGGAGCUGCUGAGGAACCACAUCGUCCCGUCCACCGCGCUGGACGUCUUCAGCGCCGUGUCCAGUCCCAGAAUAGUGACGAUGGCCAAUCAGGUUCUGACCAUCAACGUGACCAAGAACGGUCAGCUGUUAGUGAACGGAGCGACGGUGUUGGAGGCGGCGGUGGAAGCUAAAAACGGUCGUCUGUACGUUCUGGAUGGAGUUCUGACUCCGCCCUCCAUCGAGCCGGUGCUGCCCCACAGGUGUGACGUCACCGAGACCAAGAUCAUCAAGGGUGAAUGUACCGGCUGCUCUCGAGUCAAACAGACUCAGUGCUCCACCGGAGUCUCCAUGGGCUCCUCCACCUUCGGAUGCGUCUACACUCUGUCCAUCGGCAGACCGACUAUUAACAUCCGGGCAACCGGCUGCUCACCGCUCUGCAACGCAACCGUCACGACUCCGGCCUGUUGUAAAGGGUUCUACGGUCCGGACUGCAGACCCUGUCCCGGUGGACACCAGACCCCGUGUACCGGACACGGUCAGUGUUUGGAGGGAACCGGAGGAAAUGGAUCAUGUAUCUGCGAUCUAAACUACAGAGGUUCUCGCUGUCAGUACUGCUCCUCCUCCAACAAAUACGGACCAAACUGUGACAGAACCUGUCCCUGUAUCCAGGGACAGUGUGAUAACCGUCCGGACUCAGACGGUCGCUGUAAACCGGACUCCUGUCUGAUGGGUUUCACUGGUCGGUUCUGCGAGCGCAUGACGACGGCGUGUGGCGUUCAGGUCCGGUUCUGCCACGCCCACGCAGACUGCCUCUUCAACAAUGGAGCCUCCAGCUGUGAAUGUAAACCUGGUUACCAAGGUGACGGUAUCACCUGUGUGGAGUCCGACCCCUGUGCUCUGCCCCUCAGAGGAGGCUGCAGUGUGAAUGCUAAAUGCAUAAAGACAGGACCAGGUACGCACACCUGUCAGUGUCUGAGCGGAUGGAGGGAGGACGGAGACGAGUGUCAGCCAAUCAACAACUGUGCCGCUCCGGAUGGAGGAUUCUGCCACUCCAACGCCACCUGCAUCUACGUGGGACCUGGACAGAGUGACUGCACAUGUAAAAGCGGCUACAAAGGAAACGGACGAGACUGUGAAGCUGUGAAUCAGUGCGUCACUGAGGACGGAGGCUGUCAUUACUUAGCCAGCUGCCGGCUGCUGUCCUCUCAGUGGACGUGUUUCUGUGACGACGGAUACGUUGGAGACGGACACAUGUGUUACGGGACGGUCGCUCAGGUGCUGAUGUCUCUGCCAGACGUCUCCGAGUUCUACACAUGGACAACUGACUCUGGUCUGUCCUGGUCUCUGUCGGAUCAGAACCUCACCCUCCUGGUUCCGUCUUCUUUUGCCGUCUCAAAAAUGUCUUCAGAGGACAAAAGCUUCUGGACCACGAAGGGAAACCUGCCGAGUCUGAUCAGGAAUCACAUGAUCCCGGGGAUCUAUCCCUUAUCCAGUCUGAGCAGCACUUCCUCCCUGACCUCCCUUCUCAACACAUCCUUUCCUGUUUCAACAACCAAUGAGAUCACAGCUGUUGGAAGAGCGACCAUCACCACAUCCAACGUAGCCGCUACCAACGGACUGAUCCACCUCAUUGAUAAGGUUUUGGUUCCUGACAGGAAGCUGAGUGAAGGUCUGCUGGCUACUCUGGCUCUGAGACCGGAGUUCUCUCUGUUCAGAUCGUAUCUCAUCGAAUACAACCUGACGGAGGAGAUCGAGCAGGCAGACGCGUUCACCGUCUUCGCUCCAACAGACGCCGCCGUCACUGAGUUCCUCCAGAAAACGUCUGCCUCCGCUCUGGAUGCUAUCACGACUCGGUACCAUGUGGUGGUUUCAGAGCGUCUGCUGAAGACCGACCUUCAGCCUGGAGGAUACAAACAGACGCUGCUCGGCUUCUCCUUCCAGCUCGGCUUCUUCCCCCGAGACGGAAAGCUGUUCGUGAACGAUGCUCAGAUAAACUCCUCCAACAUGUUGAGUGGAAAAGGAGUCAUUCACGGUCUGUCAGCUGUUCUCCAGAUCACCAGGAACCGCUGCGAUGACACCACGUACCACACAGUGAUGGGAAGCUGUCUGGAUUGUUCGUUCCCACAAGGCAGAAUCUGCCCCAAUGACACCGUCCAAGACAAAUCAGUGAAGAAGAAAAUAUGUAUGUUCUCUCGGAUGUUUGAAGGAGAACAGAUGAUGACCUUCCGCUGCAAAGCCUCCUGCCUCAAGAAAACCACCGUGCGGCGCUGCUGCCAGGGUUUUUUCGGGGAGCACUGUGAGGCGUGUCCCGGGCCGAAGGGUCAGCCCUGCUUCGGUACCGGAGCGUGUUCAGACGGGACCAACGGGACCGGAGUCUGUCAGUGUGACACAGGUUUCAACGGGACGGCCUGUGAAACCUGCAGGACCGGGAGAUAUGGAGUCCACUGUGAUCAGGAGUGUUUCUGUAAAAACGGACGCUGUAGCGAAGGACUUAAAGGAGACGGGACGUGUGAGUGUGACGUCGGCUGGAGAGGAGUCCUCUGUGACGAAAAGAUUGAAUCCUCAGCUGAUGAACUGUGUGGAUCAGUGAAAUGUCACACUAGUGCAAAUUGUGUGAUCAGAACAUCCGUCCCUCAAUGUCUCUGUGCUGCUGGGUUCAAAGGAAACGGGACAUUUUGUCAAGCUACAGACCCGUGUUUGGUGGAUAACGGCGGCUGCAGUCUCUCUGCUGUCUGUAAGAGGACUCUACCCGGCAGAAGAGACUGUGUCUGUAACGUCGGUUACCACGGUGACGGACUCGUUUGUGUCGAAAUAAAUCCCUGUCUGGAAGGAAACGGAGGUUGUCAUGGUAACGCAGAAUGUGUUCACGUCGGACCAAACAAAACUUCCUGUUCCUGCAGUGAAGGUUACUCAGGUGACGGACAAAACUGUAAGAUGAUCAACCUGUGUCGAAAGAGAAACGGCGACUGUCAUCAGCACGCCAGGUGUAACAUGACGGGUCCAGGUGUUCGUACCUGUACGUGUAACGGGAACUACAUCGGAGACGGCGUCACCUGCAGAGGCACCGUGGGGAAGGAGAUCCUGACCAGGAAGCUGAGGAGCUUCUAUCUCAGUCUGAUGAUGGUGGAGAUUUCUCUGAAAGGUCGAGGCCCGUUCACCGUCUUCGCUCCGAACGCUGAAGCCUUCGCUGCAGAGAGGAGCAGUAGCGGCAAGAUAAGGGCCCUGUCGGCCACGUCCGACUCAAACAAAGAGAAGUUGGCGUCCCUCCUGCGCGGACACAUCGUCAUGUGUCACACUCUGCUGCCUGCUGACCUGGCCCAACCACGAAACCUGACGUCUCUGUCCGGACUGGUCCUGACCACCGGGUCCAUCCAGGGCAGCCUCUUCGUCAAUGAGGCCAACGUCACGUACAGCGACGGCGUCAGCGUCAACGGGAUCUACCACGAGAUCAACAGGAUUCUGUUUCCUCUCAGAGCCGACAUAGACAAACAACCUGAUGGGACUCAGCUGAAUCUGACUGCCGUGGCAGAAGCUCACGGAUAUAAAACCUUCUACCGGCUGCUGGAGGACACAGGAGUGAUGAAUCUGGUGACUGAUGGGACGUACCAGCCAGUGACGGUCUUCCUGCCCUCAGAUGGCGUCAUGGCGUCUCUGCCACAGGAGCAGAAGGACUUCCUGUUCCACCGAGACAACCGACCACAGCUGGUGGAGUACCUGAAGUACCACAUCCUGCAGGCCCAGAAGGUUUAUGCUGAAGUUCUGAUCCAUCUGGACUCGGUUCGGACUCUGCAGGGUUCGCCGCUAUCGUUUACCUGUGGAGGGACGGACCACAUUGGAGAAAUCUUCGUAAACGAUGGAAAGUGUCGGAUCGUUCAGAGACACCUCGUCUUUAACGGCGGGAUCGCCUACGGGAUCGACUGCCUGCUGACUCCGCCCAGCCUCGGAGGACGCUGUGAUGAACAGACGAACUUCGACCUUCAGAUGAGCUGUGGACUGUGCACCUCCUCAGCGUCUCGCUGUCCCAGAGGAUCCAAACUGAAGGAGGUUCAGAAGUGCGACCUUCCCACCAUGUUCAUCACCAGAAACUCCGGCUGUCGCAGCAUCUGCACCGUCAACUUCUGGCAGCCAAAGUGUUGCCAUGGUUACCACGGACGAGACUGUUUGGUCUGUCCCGGUGGAGUCGGCUCUCCCUGUGGUAACCAUGGUAAAUGUGACGACGGUCACCUUGGUAACGGUACCUGUACCUGUGACGCGGGAUUCAGGGGCGUGGCCUGUGAGCUGUGUAGUGACGGUUUCUAUGGAGACGCCUGUACAGCCUGUACCUGUUCAGAACACGGGUCAUGUGACCACGGGCCCAGAGGUACCGGUUCCUGUUUCUGUGAGUCCGGCUGGACCGGGGAGCGCUGUGAAACCACACAAGCUGAAGUCUCAGAGUGUUCUCCGUCCUGUUCGGAAAAAGCUGUCUGUCAGCAGAACAACACCUGUGUGUGUCGGCCAUUUUAUGAGGGAGACGGACUCACCUGUACAGUGACAGACAUGUGUCAGACGUGGAACGGCGGCUGUGCCAGAGGAGCCCGGUGUUCUCAGAGAGGAGAACAGGUGAGCUGCACCUGUCCUAAAGGUCACUCUGGAGACGGGUUCAGCUGUCAGCCCGUCGACCCGUGUGUCUCCGGGGACAACGGCGGCUGCCACGAACACGCCGUCUGCACCAUGACGGCUCCGGGGAAGAAGAAGUGCACCUGUAAGGACAACUACAUCGGAGACGGACUCACCUGUCAGGUCAAACAGCUGCCCAUCAGCCGCUGUCUCCAUGACAACGGACGAUGUCACCAAGACGCCACAUGUACCGACCUCCACUUUGAAGAUUCGAGUCUGGGUGUGUUUCACGUCCGUUUAGAUGAAGGUCAGUACAAACUGAACUUCUCUGCAGCUCAACAGUUCUGCGCUGCAAAGGGAGCGAGCCUGGCGACGUACAACCAGCUGUCCUACGCUCAGCAGGGCGGGUUGAAUAUGUGUGCUGCCGGCUGGUUGGACCAGGCCCGGGUGGGGUACCCGACCACAUAUUCCAACCCCCAGUGUGGCUUCGGACACAUUGGCAUCGUGGACUACGGAACGCGUAAAAAGAGCGAGACCUGGGACGCCUUCUGCUACCGGAUGAAGGAGGUGCAGUGUGAGUGUAAGGACGGCUACGUUGGAGACGGUUUCAGCUGUACAGGAAACCUGCUGCAGGUCCUCCAAUCCACACCGACCUUCUCCAACUUCCUCACACAAAUCUUGAACUACUCUUUGGCGUCUGAGUCGGGGAAGCAGUUUGUGAAGCGUCUCAGUAACCUGACGGUCCAGUCAACUCUGUUUGUCCCUGACAACAACGGGCUGCCUGACAACCAGACUCUGACUCAGCGGGACGUUGAAUUCCACCUGUCGGAGGGCCAGGCUCUUCCUCUCAGCCAUCUGAAGAACGGCAGUCGGAUCAGAACUCGUGUCGGCAGUCUGACGGUGUCCGGUGUGGCCUCAGCUCUGUCGUCUCGUUUCAUAAACGACCGCUUCGUCACCGACUCAGACAUCCUGGCUUCAAACGGUAUCAUUCAUGUUCUCCAGGGGCCGCUGAAAGCCCCGCCCCCUCGCCACGAGAUGCAUGUGGCCCAUAAGGCCGGGAUGGGGGUCGGAGUGGUUCUGCUCAUUGUUCUGGUGUCAGGAGUCUUCUUCGUUGGAUACCACUUCUACACCCACAACACCAAACCCUUCAGGUUCCACUACUUCAAGGAGGAUGAAGAAGAGGAAGAAGCUCCACCUGCAGACGGCGGUCGCAGCAUCUGUAACCCGGUUUAUGAAGCAGCUCCAGAACCGGCUGAGUCCGACACACCUGAAGUCCUAGUGAGUCAGCAGCUGAGUCAUAGUUUCUCUGGAACAUCACUUUAUACGAUAAUGGAGGUUUCAGGUUUCAUCAGUGAAAUUUACAACAUUUGGAUUGGUGGUGUUAACUGCAGAAUGACUGUCUGCAGGCGGAGGACAAACACGAGGUGGAGAACGGAGGAGCGUACGACCUGCUGCAGGACAGCUGAGCUGCUCUCUGCUGGACUGGAACCCUCAGAACCGUUUUAACCCUCUGAGGACAGAAGAUCACCUGACCGGCUUCUGUUUCCUCUCAGACUUAUGAACCGAGUUUAUUUUCCCCAUGAUCAAAGACAGAAGGUUUGAAAUGUGAAGAAUCACGAAUGUGAAGUUAAACGCUGAUUAAAAGAGCAAACAGUGUUAAGAGUUGUUCUCCUUGUCGUUUCUCCCAUGUUCUCGACUCCUCUCAUGUAGGAAACACGUCGUAGAAUGAGGAACGUUUAUGUGGAUUAUACAGUCAAAACGUCACACAUGCUAGAUUUCUUUAGGAGUUCUAGAGGAACUUUUAAAUGGACCAGAUGAUAAUUCUGUUUUAAACAACUUUAAGACAAGUUUUAAACUAAUAAGUGAAUUUAGUCCAAAUCGAUUAUCCAGGUUUCAGAUGUGACCAUAUUUGGCCUUUUUUUGUUUUGUUCAAUCAGCUGUGACUGAGGAAAAGUGAACCCAACAAUCAUUCAUCUUUGCA